UUUUUCAGGCCAGAUUACUACAUUUUGGAUGUAAUUACAACACAGUACAAGUCACAGCUAUGAGUUUACAUCGACAACUUUAAAUGUAGUAGCAUAGCCUAUACAGCAGUAAAUCUCAUCAGAUGAUUACGUAUGACUAAAAUGUUUGGUAAUGAAAGUAUAAGCCUAUCCACUAGCCAACAAUAUAAUUUUUUCAAAUAAAAUAAAAACCAUUGAGCAUCGGUAGCACCGUUCAUGAAUGUCACUGGAGUCACACUAUCAGAACUUUAUCACCGAAGCAGAAUCGUGACAAUCGUGACGUCAGUUCGCGUGAACAUCGGUUUCCUAAAUUCAAACUAACGGUAGCAGAUAACAUAACUGAGUGGACUUGCCGAAAGCAACACGAUUCUACUUACGAAUAAGGAUGUCAGACCUGGAGGUGGUGAAGAAGAUGCUCCGGGCCGUGCUGCAGUCGAAGAAGAGCGGCGUGUCGCUGUCGCGGCUGCAGUCGGAGUACUGGGCGCUGACGGGCGAGUUCAUCCCCCACAAGCAGAUGGGCUACCCCACCAUGGAGGCCUUUCUGCGCAGCGUGCCCUCUGUCGCCCGCAUGGAGGUCAGCCGCGUGGGGGAGGUGGUGUGUUUCGCGGCGGUGUGCAAGGAGACGGCGCACAUCGCUCAGCUGGUGGCCCGCCAACGCACCUCCAAGAAGGCGGGGGGGUCGCAGCUGGUGAACUGCCAGAUGAGGGUGAAGCCCAGCUCGCCCUUCAUGCUCUACGCAAAGCCCAGGACGUCUCUGCGGCAGCCGGAGCACCUGGGCCGGUCCGUGCGGGGCGGGGCGCGCCAGCCCCCUGCUGGGCGCCCGGGGUGCGUUGGGGACCGCCGGCAGACGUGUGUGCGGGACACCCAGCCUGAGGAGAGGGGGGGGGUUUUGCCCCAGCUCCGCGCCCCCGAGGAGAGGGGGGUCCUGUCUCCCCAGCUCCGCGCCCCCAAGGAGAGGGGGGUCCUGUCUCCCCAGCUCCGCGCCCCUGAGGAGAGGGGGGUCCUGUCUCCCCAGCUCCGCACCCCGAACGUGCAGGUGAAGAAGCCCAGUGUGACCACUGAGAGGCCGGAGAAGAGGAUGACCCUCCCCUCCAGAUUUCAGAAAGAAGUGCAUGCCUUCAUCUCCAGGAACUCCCAGCAGAGCACUCCUGCUCACCUGAAUGAGAACAACGUUUCUGUGAAGCCCAGACCGGCCCCGCCCCCAGCCCCGCCCGCCUCCUACAACGCGCAGGUGGUCCAGGGCCGCCUAAAAGAGGUCCUUCACAAGCACAGCAAUGGAUUCUGGGUAUCCAAGCUGCCCCAGCUGUACCGUGAGCUGUACAAGCAGGAGCUGCCCCCGGACGCGCUGAGGGAGCUGGAGCACUGGUCCCAUAUCUGCACGGUAGAGAAGCCCUGCAGCAGUAACCCUGCGGAGAGGCUGCUGUACCCCUCUAAAGACCUGCGGCAGCCCAAGCUCCCCGUCCCCAGACCCCCAGCCCGACCCAAACUCCAACCCGCCGCGCUGCUCCCGUUCCCCGGCCCGAGGGCCCCGGCGGGGGCGGCUCUGGCUCCGGAGCUCAAGCAGAAGCUGGCGCUGCUCCUGGGCAGGUACACCAGCGGCCUGUGGGCCCACGCCCUGCCCAAACUCUUCCAGGAGGCCUACAAGAGCCCGCUGCCCGCGCAGGUGCUGGGCGAGCUCGCCCUGCUGGCGGACAUCUGCACGGUGGAGUACCCCAUGCCCGACAACACGCGCAAGGCCAUCCUGUACGCCCGCGAGCCCGCGGACGCCGCCGCCCGCCCCCGCGCCCGCCAGGAGGCCGGCCGCCGCCUCAGCAGCCAGGCCGUGCCCCCCCUCGCCCUCCCCGCCGAGGAGUACCCCUCCGUGCUGGUGGUGGAGGCCGGCAGCACCAACAGCGUGGUCCUCAGGUACAUUGGGGAGGGCUACUCUCAGGCUCAGGAGCAGCUGGAGGAUGAGAUGAGGGAGUUCUACAGCCAGGCCGGCGCGGGGAAGGCGCUGCUCAACCCCGCCACGGGCCAGCUAGCCGCCGUGCGCGCCGAGGAAGAGGAGGAGGUGCUGCGCGCCCAGGUGCGCGAGGUCACCACCGACAGGGUCAAGGUGUACUACGUGGAUCACGGCUUCACUGAGGUCAUCAGCAAGGGGAAGCUCCUGGAACUGCACGAGAAGUUCUUCAGGCUGCCCUUCCAGGCCGCCAAGUGCAAGCUCGCCGGGCUGGAGCCCUUCUGCCAGGACCCGGCGGUGCUCCAGAGCUUCGAGGCCCUGGCCGGUGGGAAGAUCCUGCUGGCGGAGAUCCUGGAGCGGGGCGACACGCCCCUGGUGGUGCUGUACGACACGUCGCAGGAUGAUGAUGUCAACAUCAACACCGCCUGCCUGAAGGCCGUGCACGACAAGUCCCUGGGGAACCCCCUGCAGGUGAACAGCAUCUACGCCAACGUCUCGGUGACCAACGUGUGCUCCGACGGAACCGUCUUCUGCCACCUGCCCUCGCGGGGCCAGGCCAAGCUGAGCAGCAUCCUGGAGAAGGCCGAGGCCUACUUCCUCUCGCAGGUGACUCCUGAAUUCCUGGUGUCCAAGCCGUUCUGUGGGAAGUGCUGCCUGGCACGGUAUAAGGGCAAGUGGGCAAGAGUGGAGAUCACUAACCUGCAUGGCAGCCGGGUCCUGGACAUCCUGUUUGUGGACCUGGGCGUUCCCGCCUCUGUGGAAGUGAUUGAGCUGCGGGAGAUCCCGCCCCCUUUCCUGCGUGAGCUCAUGGCCAUCCCGCCGCAGGCCAUUAAAUGCUGCCUGGCGGACCUGUCUGUGAGCGGGGGCUCCUGGACCCCUGACGCCGUGCUGUGGCUCAGAGACGCCGUGCUCAACUCCACCGACUGCAGCAUGAAGGUAUGCCAGCUGGAUGAAGCGCGGGGCCUGGUGCAGGUCUACCUGUUCAGCAGCAGUGCCCUCGACCCGCAGACCAGCGUCAACCAGCAGCUGCUGGAGUCCAGCCUGUGGAAACGCGCGACUGACGUCGCCGUGAGCAACAGCGAGACCACACCCCCUGCGGCCAAACCAGCUCUGCCCCCGCAGUGGGAGACCGGCGACGCCCCCGCUGCCCCCGCCGCCCCCGUCCCCGCCGCCCCCCCCGCCCCACUCCAGCUGCCCCCGCUCAUGCAGCUGCCCCAGCCGGGGCACAACAUGGACAUCUACGUGUCUGUGGCGUGCCACCCCGGGCACUUCGUGCUGCAGCCCUGGCAGGACCUGUACAAGCUGGUGGUGCUCAUGGGCGAGAUGAUCCUCUACUACAACAAGAUGGAGGAGAAGCAGCUCAUCAAGGUGGAGAAGAACCAGAUCUACGCCGCCAAGGUGGAGAGCAACUGGCACCGGGUGCUGGUGAAGGGCGUUUUGACCAACGGGCUGGUGUCUGUGUACGAGCUGGACUACGGGAAGCACGAGCUGGUGGACUGCUCGCAGCUGCAGCCGCUCAUCAAUGAGUUCCGCCAGCUGCCCUUCCAGGGCAUCACUGCGCAGCUGGCAGGGGUGAAGCCCAGGCAGUGGUCAGAGGAGGCCUCCAUCGUGUUCCGGAACCACGUGGAGAAGAAGCCGCUGGUGGCGCAGGUGGAGUCCGUGCAGGAGGCCCCCCAGCCCUGGGACCGGAAGGUGGUGGUGUACCUGGUGGACACCUCCCAGGAGGAGAAGGAUGUGUGGGUGCACGACAUCAUGGCCGAGCUGGCAGAGGAGCAGAGCCGGGCUGCGUAGCACCCCCCCCCCCCCCACAACCCCCCCGUACAGGCUUCAGACUGUUACUCAAAGUUCCGUUUACUGCCCCAUCCAGUGCCACUGUCAUUUACAGAGCAAGUGCUUUAUGUGCUCAAAAAUCCACUCCACAUAACACUCAGAUUGCAGUGAUUUACGAUGGUUUACAAAGGUCUGCUCAUUCAAUGUUUGUUUUUUUGUUUUUUUGUAAGAUAUUCAGAAGCUAUCCAGAGCAAAACCCUUCCUCCUUGGUUUCUACAUUACAAUGCAGCCAUGUGUCUUAAUAGCUGUUCUGCUUGGUUGAUUGUCUUUUUUUUCUUCUUACUUUCUUUGUGUGCUGAAAUCCUUGGAGUUUUUGAAGAAGCAUCACAGUAUCUUUACAUGUUUGUGUUUACUUCACCAGAGUUUGUGCACAUAGGUUAUGCGUGCUCGUAUCUGAACCCGUGCGCUCGCGGCAGCGCGAGGACAGCCGGAUGCAUUGUUCUGAAUGGAACCGCAGGCAGGGAGUGUUGCUCCAGAUGAAUAUGUAUUCUGCAUAAACUUGUAUGACUGAAAGCAAUCCUUUGUUACAUGUCAGGUUUACAUUAAGGUUAAAUGCCCAUGUAGAAAGCUGUAGAAGUGGUUUACUAAAUUCGUUUUUUUUUGCUGCACUUUGUUAAAUUUAAUUAAAAAUAUG